AUAGCUAGAUACAAGUCGCGACGAGUAGUUUUACUCUUCUUCGCAGCUGAAUCUUUUAAAAGAAAACAAACAAAAAAGAAAGCAAAACCUAACAAGUAAAUAAAUCAAUUAAUUGAAUAGUUUUUCUUUUAAAUAAAUUAACAUUUGAAUAUGCUUGAUAACCAUAUCUUUGCUCGUGUAUUAUCGUGAUAAAAAUUUUUGAAUUCAAUAAAAGAUUUCAUCAAGAUAUGUAGUGUUGUUACUAAAAAAACAAGCACGGAAUUAAAGUCGCAUAUCCUAUGAAGAAGUUGUUGUCGUUGGUUUUAUUAUCAUCAUAUCAGUUUUACUUGUAAGUUGCUUGUUUACAUCCCACUGUUAAGAAUCUUAAAGAACACAGAUACAAAACAUCAUGUUGAAGUUUGAAGAUCUUGCAAAAGUAACUGUGGACUAUAUCCAUGAAACGAAAGAUUCCAAUGAAAUUAAUGGAAAUGGAAAAGCAAAUAAACGCUUCAGUCUUUUGGCAAGGGAGAAAACUCCAAAAGAAUUACGCCGCGCUGAAAUACGAGACCAUGUGAAUGACAUGAUAUCCAAUUCAUCGUUCCAUGGAGUAUCAUAUAUAUUUGAUAAAAAGUUCCCCGUUCGAAGAACUCUCUGGUUUCUCGUAACACUGGCAGCGUUCUGCUACUCGAUAGAGAAAGUAUAUGAAAGCACCGUAGAAUUUCUACAAUACCCUUUUAAUACAGCAUACAUGAAGAAAUACGUAGAUGAAUUAGAUUUUCCUGCUGUAUCUUUUUGUAAUCGUAAUGACAUGAAGCUUAGUGUGCUCAAUGGCACAACACUUGAUAAAGCCAUUCUUUUCGGUGAGGAAUUACUCGAUACUGUGAGCGAUAAAGAAUAUGAGAACAUUACAACAUCAUCCCAGCAUGACAUAAAGGAUAUGUUAUUGGAAUGCAAUUUUAAUGGUGUUGAAUGCUCGCCUAGCAAUUUCACUACCUUUAAAUGGAAACAAGGAGAUAAAUGUUAUACAUUCAAUUCUGCUCUCUCUUCUUCGGAGGUUUUGCGUGUUACAGGACCUGGUGUAAAAAAAGGAUUGUCAUUUACGGUAAACAUUCAGCAUUAUGAUUAUUACAGGGACGGACGUGAGGGUGGUAUCCAUUUAAUUUUACAUGGAUCACAAGAAACACCAGUAAAGAUGACUGGUCAAAUGAUCUCUCCUGGUUACACAAGUUAUAUACAAGUGGAGAAGAAAAAGAUUCUCAACUUAAAGGCCCCAUAUAAGACUAAUUGUGGAUCACUUCCUUUGAAAUAUUUCAAGGUAUACUCAAAGCAUACAUGCUGGUUGGAACAGCUGACAAAUCAUGUGGAAAAAAUUUGUCACUGUAAAGACUUCUUUAUGCCAGGUAACAUUCCUGUAUGCAACGCCACUGUACUAAACUCUUGCGUCUGGGGAGAAUGGGCGAACUUUACGAGGGACCGUUUAGAUGAGUGUCCUUUGCCUUGCGAAAUUGAUUCAUAUUCAUACACCACAUCAAGAAGUUUGUUUCCAUCCAACUUGCGUGCAAUGCAUUUUUCGAGAAUUUUGAAAAAUCUUUCUCACAUGCAGGGUGUUCCUAACGUUGAUACAAAACAGUUUAUUCGAGACAACAUUCUUCGUAUAGUUGUUUAUUAUGACGAUUUAUCAUUCGCGUUACUGGAACAGAAACCAAGUUACGAUAUGUUCGAGUUUCUCGGUGAUAUUGGCGGACAAGUUGGAUUAUUUGUCGGUGCCGGUGUAAUGUCAUAUUUCGAACUGAUUGAUUGCUUCUGUCUUGUUAUACACACAUAUUUUUUCUUCGAUAAGAAGAAAAAAACAGAAAAAGAUAAGGUGUAAAUAAAAAUAAUGAUAACAAACAAAUAAAAGCGAACAAAGAAAUAAUUAAUUAACAUGAAGUCAUUAAAGCAGCACGCUUUUUUAAUAAGCAUCAUACAUUUUUGUUUUGUCUCGAUUUGACUUAACUUACGAUUGUUCCUUGAGAGUGGCUUUUCGUAGUUAUCCUAAUUGUUAAAGUAAAGUGCUUUCAAACAAUAAUAUCAAGGGGUGACUCACAAUUCGGAAGGUGUGCUGAAUGUCGGCGUUUAGAUCUCAUCCCCUACCUUCCUACUUUAAGCGUACAAAUCAAAAAUUACAACAAAGUAUGGUCAAUCGUUGAAAACACAAUGCGUGUAAAAAACACAAAUCAGUCUUCCAGCUACCCUCGUCCCCAGAGUUUUUGUCUUUUUAAUAUGAGAGAUGACUGCGCCGUCUUCUCUCAUAAAAAACUUAAGAAAACCCUAAUAAAAUAUAUUCUACUGUCAAAAAAAUCAACAUUUUGCGGUCCAAAAUACUUAAAUGUCGAAAGAUUCGGGUUGACAUUUAGCCUGGAUUUUUCGAUUCAUGAGUCGCUCCUAAUGGAGACAUCAAGCGCAAUAAAAACAAGAUGAAAACAAGAUUGUUAGGUUUAUUAUCUUUUUUAUUUAUAUCUGUAGCUAAUAACUUUUUUUAGAGAAUGUAAUAACGCAAAUAUUUUUAAUUUUUUUAUUAAAUUUUCUAUUUUAA